GGACGCUUCCUGGCGGCCAGCGGCGGGCGCGUGCGGCAGAUGGCGGCGGGCGGCGGGGGCGGCGGGGGCGGCGGCGGGGGGCUCUUCGCCGGCUUCCGCGCCCUCGGCCGCUACUCGGGACACGUCCCGCACGUCCUGCGCUACCACGGCCGGCACCGCGAGUUCUACGUGGCCACGGCCGUGGGGCGCAGCGUGCACACCUACAACGUGAAGAAGCUCGGGAUCGUUGCUGUCAGCAAUGCUUUGCUUCAAGACAUCACUUGUUUGGCAGCGGACCGAAUGUUGAUAUUUGCUUCAUAUGGUGACGUUUUCCAUGCCGUUGCCAGGAACAAAGAGGUAGUUCAUACCUAUAAAGGUCACAAGGCAAGAAUACACCUUCUGCAGCCUUUUGGUGAUCAUGUCAUCUCUGUGGAUGUUGCUAAUGUUCUUAUUGUUUGGGACAUACAGUCAGAAGAGGAGUAUCUUCAAGUGGUUUUUGAUAAAGCUACUUUUGCAGUUUCUGCAAUUUUGCAUCCAAGCACCUAUUUGAAUAAAAUUCUCCUUGGGAGUGAGCAAGGGGGCUUGCAGCUGUGGAAUAUAAGAUCCAACAAACUCUUGUAUUCAUUUCCAGGAUGGGGCUUAGGGGUCACAACUCUUGCACAAGCCCCAGCUGUGGAUGUCGUUGCAGUUGGUCUUGUAUCUGGUCAUAUCAUUGUACAUAAUAUUAAGUUUGAUGAAACUCUUAUGAAAUUUCAACAAGACUGGGGCCCCAUCACAGCAAUAUCUUUUCGUACAGAUGGACACCCGGUAAUGGCAGCUGGUAGCCCUGUUGGACACAUUGCUUUGUGGGAUUUAGAAGAGAAAAAACUUAUUAGUCAAAUGCGAAAUGCCCAUUCCACAGCGAUAGCUGGUAUGUCGUUUGUCCCUGGAGAGCCACUUCUUAUUACUAAUGGUGCCGAUAAUGCUAUAAGGGUAUGGAUUUUUGAUGGACCUGGUGGCACAGGUCGUGUGUUGAGAAGUCGAAUGGGACAUAGUGCACCACCAACAAAAAUCAGAUACCAUGGACAAAAUGGAGAGCAAAUUCUCAGUGCAGGUCAAGAUGGAACGUUGCAGUCUUUUUCAACAGUGCACGAAAGAUUCAAUAAAAGUUUAGGACGUGGUUCAAUUAACAAAAAGAAAUCAAAAAAGAAGGGUCUUCAGCAUGAUACAAUGGCACUUCCACCGAUUACAGCCUUUGCUUCAGAAGUGGCACAUCAAAGUGACUGGGAUGGUAUUGUUGCCUGUCAUCAAGGGUAUAUAACCUGUACAACCUGGAACUAUCAGAAAACUUCUAUGGGAAUUCAUAAACUGAGGCCAGAAGAAUUUAGCAAAAACAAGCCUGUUGAUAUAUAUGCAACAGCUGUUGACAUUACCAGCUGUGGGAACUUCGCUGUAAUUGGGAUGUCAACAGGACGGGUAGAUGUAUAUAACAUGCAAUCCGGUCUUCACAGAGGGUGCUAUGGCAAAGAAAGAGCACAUGAGGGUUCCAUAAGGGGGUUAGCAGUAGAUGGAUUAAACCAGCUGACAAUCACAGCUGGUAGUGAAGGGUUAAUUAAAUUUUGGAAGUUCAAAACUAAAGAUCUAGUUCACUCCACUGAUCUUUCAUCUUCUCCAAGUGGAAUUCUGCUUCACAGAGACAGUGGUAUUCUGGGAAUUGCCUUUGAUGACUUCAGUAUUAGUGUUUUCGAUAUAGAAACCAGGAAGAUUGUCAGGAAGUUCUCAGGACACCAUGGACGGAUUAAUGACAUGACUUUCAGUCCUGAUGGUCGCUGGCUAAUAACUUCAUCAAUGGACUGUACCAUUAAGACUUGGGACCUUCCAUCUGGAUGCCUCAUAGAUUGCUUUCUGCUGGACUCCGCAGCAGUGAGCCUGACUAUGUCUCCAACAGGAGAUUUUCUAGCUACAGCACAUGUGGAUGAUCUUGGAAUUUAUUUGUGGUCAAACCGUUCUCUGUAUUCACUUGUUUCUUUACGGCCCCUUCCAGCAGACUAUGAACCUUCUAUGGUAAUACUCCCUGGCACUUGCCCUCUGGAAGAUGUAGAUGUGGCAGAAGGUGAAGAAACAUGUGAUGAAAUGAUAGAAUAUGACUCACCUGAGCAACUGGGAGAACAGCUGGUGACCCUUUCCUCAUUACCUGAAUCAAGGUGGAAAAACCUCCUCAAUCUUGAUAUUAUCAAGAAAAAAAACAAACCAAGAGAGCCACCAAAAGUUCCCACAUCAGCCCCUUUCUUCAUCCCAACAGUUCCUGGUCUUAUACCCCGAUAUGCUGCUCCAGAGCAAGAAAAUGAUGCACAGUCAAAGGUGGUAAACAUUGGAGUGCUGGCACAGAAAUCUGAUUUCUACAUACAUCUUGAAGAAGCUCUGAGCACUAACAAAUAUGCAGUUCCACUUAAUGUGCUGAAAGACUUGGGACCAUCUAAUAUUGAGAUAGAACUAAGGAGUUUGGCCCCUGAAGGUGGUGGCUCUGUGGAGGUGAUGCUAAGCUUUUUGAGAAUGAUUGGGAUGAUGCUGAACAAGAAGUACAACUUCGAACUUGCUCAAGCAUACCUUGCACUAUAUUUAAAGUUACAUCUUAAGAUUGUCUCAUCAGAGCCAAGCCUACUGGAAGAAGUAUCCAGAUUGUCAACUCAACUUGAGGAAACCUGGAUUCAUUUGCGAACUCUGUUCAAUCAGAGUUUGUGUGUCUUAACAUACAUGAAAAGUGCUUUACUGUAAAUUAUUUAAGAGUUUUGACAACAUAAAAAUCCCCUCAGAAAAAUAGUACAACUUGUUGCCAAAAAUACUGGAUUACAAUAAUUAUACUGGGAAUUUCAAUGCUGUAUUUUAUUCAUCUGUUUAUGGCAAAGUAUUUUAGAACGUGCAUAACUGAAUAUUUUGUUCAGGAAAAAUGUAGUAUGUGCAGCUUAAAUGUACGUGUUGCAUUAGUUUCUGUUAUCAAUGAACAAACAGUUGGAAGACCGUAGAUAAUGGAAGGUAACUAGUUAUGUUUUCAUGACCAAAAAUGUAAAUGAGAAAGAAGAAAUACAAACAAAAGUGGGAGUGUAUUUUCUGUACAGGAGACCAAAACUUCUGUUGUGCUUAAUAAAUCCAUAUUGUCGAUGCAAAAAUAAAAAGCAACUGAAUUGCUAACAAAUUCUUAACGUUGGUUUAAAUUUGCAAAGGAAUAUAAAAAAUUGUAUCCCUCUAAAAUAAGAGUGCUUUUUGUAUAAAGUUUGUAAAAGUUCUGAUGUUGGCAAACUAUAUGUUCACUAUUUUGCUUCAGACACUUAUUUCUGACACCAGGGAUUUCUAGCUGCACAGCAAAUAAUGGAAGUUCAAAAAAAAUAAAUAAACUGUUUUUUAUAACAAGUUUCUUAGUAUAAUUUUGUAUGCUCAAUUUCUGAUGAAAUUAGGAGUAUUUUAUUAAGAGGAUUGAAAAUUACAGAAAUAAAAGCUUAGACUUUUGAGAAAUAUUUUGAGUCAAAUUUUAUGAAUUGGUAUUUAGGUUUGAAAUGAUAGCAUUUGGGAAGAGUUUGGGAACUUAUGAGAGAUAUCUUGAACUUUGCUGUUCAAGAAUACUGUCUACUGAUAAAGACCCUUGCUGUUAUUUCACAUGCUUCACCUUAAAGGCAUAGUAUAACAUGCAAUUUUUAUGAGUACUUGAAAGGUGGGCUCAUUGCAUUUGGCAUGAACCCAUCUGACUGAAAUGAUCAUGUAGUUUUGUUCUUCUGUGUAUGUGAUUUUUUUUUUUUUAUGCCAUCUCAUUUUGGGUCUUUAGUUAUGCAUCUUGGAACAAACUAUCUGCAAACAUGUAAAUGUAGUGUGGAGUUGUUCUGCAUUGUUCUGACGCUUCCUUAACUACGGUUACCACAAAUUUCUCUUUUCAACAUUUAAUAUGGAAUUUUAUAGACGGGCGUUUUAGCCAGUUAGGAUUGAAAAUACAGAGUCAGUGGGAGUGAUGGACACCUGAGGUUUUUUAUGAAGCACACUGCUAAAAUUUCAAAUCUUUCUUUGAAAUAUAGAAUGAUUAGUUUCUGAUGGUGCACUUCUCAAGAACCUGUUACUCCCAAUUUACUUGAAUGGAUCUGAGGCAUACCCAAAUCCCUCUAAUUUCAAGGUAGUAAAUAAUGAUAAUCUGUGAACUUAUAGGUGUGCCGCUGUAACUAUUUGAUUUAGGAGAUAUUAAAGAAUAUUUUUUUGAAGUUACUGAUGUGAACCAAGGUAUUAGAAUAUACAAAGGAGGCAGGAUGUGCAGUAGUUAAAUAACUUCCUCAGUGGCUGAAGGAACAGUGGAAAAAGAAUUUUCCUCCUGUAUAAGAGCAAAGCUCUGUCAAGUGUCAAGUCUCCAGCUGGAACAAGGAAUAGAUGCAAGCAGGUCCCGUAUAAAUGUGGUCGCUUUUCAAGCACAUUACACUGGCUUUCAGCGGUCAGCUGUUUGGAUACUUCCUGACCCAGCUGUAUUUUAACAAUUGUGUUUAAUCGUCUGUGACAGACCUGUUUGUUCUCUGCGAGUUCAUCUAAUCUCUUUUAGAACCUAGUUAUACUCCACAAUAUCCUGUUGUAAUGGGACCUACAGUUUAAUUAGAUGCUAUAGGAAAAUAACUAAGUUCUGUUUGAAUACUCCUGACCUGCUACCUUCUAAUGUGUGUUCAUCCUUGUUCUUGGCAGAACUAAUGUGAGAAAUACUAAUGGUGCUCCAGUCCUUCACUGUCCUUCAGCCAUAAAGCAGUUGUGAAAUUAUAUUUCAUUUUACUUCGUCUGCACAUGUUCUUUUUCACUGACAUACAUUUGUUUCAGCACAUGUUUAAAACUGUAUGUACGAGAUCUGUCUUCAAAACUUUUAAGAUUUAUAGGGAGAGGUAAUGUGUGGGUUGGUUUGUUUUGUUUUCGUUGGACUACCUGAAGGAGUCAGGAAAACACAUCUUUUUUUUUUUUUUUUUUUUUUUUUUUGCUAAACA